GAGGAACAUCACUACUAAAGAUCUAACCAAGAUGGCGUCUAAAGUUUUCAGUGAGUUUGUCCAACAGAAAGUUAGAAUGUGGUUUAAAAUGAUGGAUUCCAAUCAAAAUGGUUCCAUGGGAUUGGACGAUUUUACUCUGGUUGCUGAAAGAUUCGGCAAGGCGUAUCAACUAUCAGUGGAGGAGAAGAACACCAUCCAGAAAUGGCUAGGGAACGAUAUGGAGACUGGAACGAAAGUGUCUGAAAAUCGUUUCGUGGCCGCUUUCGGAGAAUUCGUCACGUCUAAUCCAAAUGUAGCAGACGACGCCAUGAGAGAAAUGGUAGGAGUGUAUUUCGACAUAUUUGAUCACGAUAAAGAUGGAGUUAUCUCUCCUGACGAAAUGAAGAUCGGAUUGAAAUGUUUCGGGAUGCAGGGAGAGAUGGCGGAAGCUCUGGGGGUCUUGUUCACUGAUUGUGAGGGCAAGAAAGAUCAAAUUACUCGCCAAUGCUAUGUUGAUAUGUGGGUCGACUUUCUGGUCGGAGAGGAU